AUGUGUUCUUUUUUUUUUUUUUAUCUUUGACUGCAAUCAAACCCACUCCAAACAAAGCAAAAUAAAGCAACAAAUCCAAAGCAAAACUGUCCCCUUCUCUCUCCCCCCUCUCUCUCUCUCUUUCUCUCCCUCUCUCUCUCGGUUUGUGGUUGAAAUCUAAAUGACCCGUCAAGCUCGACAAGCACAAUUUGAAGAAGACCAAGCUGUUUCUGGUGUUCACUAGACUUGUUUGGGCUUUCACUAUUAUGAUCCAAUGUUGGCAGCACCCUCCAAAUCUUAGUAGCCACAAACCCAUCAUCUUUUAAGCUUUAUUGGUAAAUAGUUAUUUUGCUUCUUCAUUUAAGAUAGGAAUUGGGCAGCAGCCCACUUUUGCAUCAAUUUGAGCAGUUCAAGCAAUGGCUUCAGUAAGUGUAGUUCCCACGUUAGGAACAAGAGAACCUAGCGAAAACAGUGCUGCUGUCGAUAGGCUGCCUGAUGAAAUGAAUGACAUGAAAAUUGGGGAUGACAAGGAAAUGGAACCAGCUAUAGUUGAUGGUAAUGGGACGGAGACUGGCCAUAUCAUUGUGACAACCAUUGGUGGUAGAAAUGGCCAGCCAAAACAGACAAUUAGUUACAUGGCAGAACGAGUUGUUGGGCAGGGAUCAUUUGGAGUAGUAUUUCAGGCGAAGUGUCUUGAGACCGGUGAAGCUGUUGCUAUCAAAAAGGUUCUUCAAGAUAAGAGGUACAAGAACAGGGAGUUGCAAACCAUGCGUGUUCUUGAUCACCCAAAUGUCGUCUCUCUUAAGCAUUGUUUCUUUUCAACAACUGAAAAGGAAGAGCUCUAUCUUAAUCUGGUACUCGAGUUUGUCCCAGAGACUGUUCAUCGAGUGAUUAGACACUACAACAAGAUGAACCAAAGAAUGCCUAUGAUUUAUGUGAAACUGUAUAGUUACCAGAUUUUGAGAGCUCUGGCUUACAUUCAUGGGAGUAUUGGAGUAUGUCACCGAGAUAUUAAACCUCAAAAUUUGCUGGUAAACCCGCACACUCAUCAAGUGAAAUUGUGCGACUUUGGAAGUGCAAAAGUUCUGGUAAAAGGAGAGCCAAAUAUUUCUUACAUCUGUUCUAGAUACUAUCGUGCACCGGAACUUAUAUUUGGUGCAACAGAGUACACUACAGCCAUAGACAUUUGGUCUGCUGGUUGUGUUUUGGCUGAACUGCUGCUUGGUCAGCCCCUCUUCCCUGGUGAGAGUGGAGUCGACCAGCUCGUCGAAAUCAUCAAGGUUUUGGGUACCCCGACAAGGGAGGAAAUUAAAUGCAUGAAUCCUAAUUACACAGAGUUCAAAUUUCCACAGAUAAAAGCUCAUCCAUGGCACAAGAUAUUUCACAAGCGCAUGCCUCCAGAAGCCGUAGAUCUUGUGUCGCGGCUACUACAGUAUUCUCCAAAUCUUAGAAGUACAGCUUUAGAUACUUUGAUCCAUCCCUUUUUUGAUGAGCUCCGGGACCCAAACACACGCCUACCAAAUGGACGGUUUCUUCCGCCGCUUUUCAACUUCAAAUCUCAUGAGCUAAAAAAGGUUCCAACUGAGGUCCUCGGAAAGCUGAUUCCGGAGCAUGCGAGAAAGCAGAGCGCAAUCUCACUCUCCAAUUCAUGAUGCAUUCUCUAGUAACAAUGGGAGCUACUUAUAUCUGUAUCUAUAUGUUUAUCUACUGUGGUUCUAAGCAGAACUAUAAGUUUAUGCUCAAAUAUGCCGUGAAGUGGGUUCUGACCUUGUGGGUACUGACCUUAUGUCUAGUUCAUGCAGAUUUGCAAGUGUUAUUCACAUGCAAAUAUUAAUUUUUGAACCAAAAUAUAAUGUUUAUUGUUUCAAUAUCUUGUUGUGAUUA